UUUGCAGAGCCACGAGGAUUGCGUUCUGCCAAACUCCACUCAGCAGUGACCUCUAUUGGAAAUAAUUUUAUUUUUUGCAAUUAUUUAUAUAAGCAAGAAGCUUAUAUCAAGCUUAUUCGGUGGAACUGCAAGCGGUGCGUCUCCCGUUUGCAGUGGACGGUAAGCAAGAUGAUGACAUUGCGAUUGUUUAAGAUGAUAAAUGAAAGAUAGCACACCAGUGAGCAGCAUCUUUAUCCCUCAACUUGGGACAGCCUCUUGCGUUUUCAUUUUGCACCAUUCUAAAUGUUCUGGGUGCUUAGCGAUUAGUAAAUGCAUCCAAGUUUAUUCCUGGUGCAGGUUGCAUGCUUGCAUCUGCUGCAGAGCUGCAAUACGCUUAUGUCACAUGUCUCUGUACACGUGUUCAUGCACAACAGUUUGAGAAGGCUAAAAAGAUGAUUUGACAUUUUUGCAAUAAAAUAAAUGCAAUAAAUCGUUUGUUUUUCUAAUGCACAUAGUAUGUUUCUUUUUUUUUUUUUUAACCCAACUUUAAAAGAUAAAUGAUUGACAUUUAUAGCAAUUUGAUCCAAAGGAUGUUAUCAUGGCUUCUAAAUGUGUCAUUUAUAUUUUAGGAUCAAAUCCACUCUAAGAAUGGAAUUGGUAACAUUUGCUGUGUCUUUCCACAUUCUCGUGAGUCCUACGUGGGCUAUGUCCCAUCCCUCCUUCAUGGAUAGAUUCUUGACAUCCCACUCAGUGGUGAGGUUGCUGGCUAAGCCGAUGAAGUUUGAGCCCUGCUGUCUGACGUCACCGCCUCCUCCUCCACUCUUCCCGCCACCGCCGCCUCAGCUCUGGAAGCACGGCAAACCUCUCGACGGGAGCACGUCAGCGCCGGCGGUGUUUCGAGGAGAGGAGCAGGAAAAUGAACAUCCGGGUUGCCCGGCUGGACCUCCGGGCCCAGCGGGACCUCGUGGCCCAGAGGGCGACAGUGGACUACCUGGCAUAAGAGGACCAAAAGGGGAAAAGGGAGAACUUGGACGUCCAGGGUCAAAGGGCCGUACUGGAGCGCCAGGUCUUCCAGGGAAACAAGGACUUCCAGGAUGGCCUGGUCCGCAGGGACCCAUGGGUGAGAAGGGAGACCCAGGUCUCAUGGGACUACCAGGAUUGAGGGGACCCCCAGGAAUGAAGGGAAUGCCUGGUUUUAGGGGAGAGAAGGGGGACAUUGGAAGCCCAGGAAUACCGGGAUCAAAAGGCGAUAAGGGCACGACUGGUUUGCCAGGGAUGCUAGGUCAGAAGGGUGAACAAGGACCAAAGGGAGAGCCAGGCGUCCCAGGCAAAAGAGGACCCACAGGGCGACCUGGGAAGAGAGGCAAACAGGGAGAAAAUGGACAAACAGGAGCUUCAGGACUUAUGGGCAAACCUGGACCCCCAGGUCCAAAUGGUCCCCCUGGUCCACCUGGUCCACCAGCCCCUGGUCUUUAUCUAGCAGGGGAAAAAGGUGAGAAGGGUCUUCCAGGUCCAUCUGGUCGCUGUGAGUGUGACACGUUUCUUGUCGCCAACAACGCUCCUUCUGGAAGCUACAAACCCGAGGAGACCCCCAAUCAAGUCCCUGCCAUAUUUGUGGUGAGCAACGAAGAGGAGCUGGGCCGUUUACAUCUAGAUCAGGCGAUCGCAUUCCGGAAAGAUCAGAAGGCUCUUUACUUUCGAGAUAAAGAUGGAUGGAAACCCAUACAGCCUUUCCAGCAAUUCCAGUCCACGGAGAAGGUGCCAGAUCGAGUCGGUGUGUGCGGGGAUGGGAAAGUGCAACCCCAGGAUGGAGAGGAAUGUGAUGAUGGGAAUCAAAUUGUCACUGAUUCUUGUCUGAACUGCAAAUGGGCUUAUUGUGGGGAUGGUUAUCGACAUGAAGGCAUGGAGGAGUGUGAUGGAAAAGAUUUUGGCUAUCAGACGUGCAAGUCCUACCUACCUGGAUCCUUCGGCCAGCUCAGAUGCACCGAGUCCUGCGUCAUUGACUCCACCGUCUGCAAGUAUUUCACCUGAACAGAAACACAAGGUGCUAACGUUGCAACUCCUAAUUCAAGGGGGAUUCCACUUCAUUUGAAGUCAUGACCCCUGGAUAUUACUUGAUGGACUGCGAGAGCACCAAGAGGACUCCCCUCUGCUCUGUGCCGUGAGAUGAAGAACAGACGGAUGUCAGCUUUCGGAUGGGCUGUCGAUUAUUUUGUCGGCCUCAGGGACCUAAGCGGUGCAUCUUUUAUAAUGAGAGAAAACACCUUUUGAAAAGGUCUAUAGUAUUGCUACCACAAUAUGAAGAAUGCUUUCAACAUGUGCAAUAUAUUAGAAAUCAUAUAUUUAUAUACGGUGACAUGCUGUGUUAUUGCAUGGAAAUGUGUUUAACCAGUAAAUAUUGUAGCAAAAGUGUUUACAUUCUAAAAGAAAUGUCUUAAUAUAUGAGAACGUAAAAAAAGCAAUACAGUAGCAUGACCCAUACAUAUUAACUAUACUGUUCAUUUUACAUAUUAACCAGGUCAAUUUUCAAUCAAAAUACAAACAUCAAAUCUUUUUUAAAUGUUCAACAAUUAAUAGCCUGUCUGAUAUUAAUAAAUGGAUGAUUAAUCCCUAA